AUGAGACUGCAAGACAAGGUUGCAAUCGUUACCGGCGCGUCAAGCGACAUCGGUGUCAGCAUAACAGAGCGGUUUGUCCAGGAGGGAGCCAGUGUGGUGCUUCUCGGACGGGAUCUUGGGCGCCUGAAGCGCGCCGCAGGAGGCAGCAAGAAUGCGGUACCGAUGACAUGCGACGUCACCAGCGAGGCGCAGGUAAUACAGGCAAUAGACCAGAUAAUGGACAAGUACGGCAAGAUCGACAUACUGGUAAACGGGGCAGGGGCCAUCAACGAUCCUGUGCACCUGCACAAGAUGCCCGAUGCCGAGAUAGAUCGUCUGCUGGACGUGAACCUCUACGGCGUCCUUAGGCCGACCAAGGCCGUGCUGGCCAAGAUGAGCGAGGCGCGCAGCGGAUCCAUAGUCAACAUCGGAUCCAUCAGCAGCGAGCGCGCCAUUCCACGGGUGCACUUGGCGGUGUACUCUGCAGCAAAGGCGGCAGUGAGCAUGUUUACAAAGGCAGUAGCAGUGGAGUAUGCCAGGCGCAACAUCAGGUGCAACUGCGUGAACCCGGGCAUCAUCAACUCGGGAAUGAUCAAGCCGUAUCUGGAGGAUCCCAAUGCCCGGAGGGUGUUGGAGGACAGGCUCCCGCUGAACAGGGUGGGAGAACCGGAAGACGUCGCAAACGCCGUGCUCUUUCUGGCGUCAGACGAGGCAAGCUGGAUUACAGGGGUCGUGCUGAACGUGGACGGCGGCAAGACGGCAUCCGAGGGCUAG